AUGCUUCUGCGAAACCUCAGCGUCAAAAAGGGUCUCUGCAACGUCUCCUCCAUCCUACUCCCGAUUGAAGAAGCCAAGAAAAAGGGCAUCUACGCAUUAAAGUGGAACUCAUCGCGGUUGAGUUGGAAGAAUUGGGUAACGCUCGGCGCCGGACUUCUAGCCGUCUGCCUGGUCGUCUACUUUCUGUUCUUCAACGGGCCAAGCUACUAUUAUAACCGUGAUUUCGAUGCGCAACUCGCCAAAUUCAUCCACGUCUCGCCGGCCGCUCGAAAGUUGCCGAAAUCGGGCAGUUUGUUCUGCUGGGCGAUGACUUCCACGAAAUAUCACGGAGAUCGGGUGCCAGCCGUCAACGGAACUUGGCUACCCCGCUGUGAUCAUGGACAAUUCUUCACGAACGACGCGAUGGACCCAGAAUUAAACAUCGCCUAUUCUACGGUAUUCGCUGGGAUACCCGACACCUAUGAGAACCUGUUCUUCAAAACCCGCUACGCCCUCCGCCACAUUUAUCGCAACAUUUCCAGCCAAUUUAAUUGGUAUCUAAAGGCCGACGACGAUACAUAUGUGAUUGUCGAGAAUCUACGCGCGUACCUGGCCAAGCUAGACCCGAAUAUACCGUAUUACCUGGGAUACCGGUUGCGGCCGUAUUUGGAACACGGGUACAAUGGCGGCGGUGCCGGCUACGUUCUCUCGAGGGCCGCGAUGGAGCUGUUCUCCGAGAAAUUGUACGACAACGCGACGCUGUGCCCAGAUGAUAUUUAUGAAGACCUUGGAGUGGGGAGGUGCUUCGCGAACGUCCAGAUCUACCCGCUCGAUACCCGGAAUAAUCGAGGUCAACAGAGAUUCAACACAUUCCGCCCGGACCAAGUCUUCAAGGGAUCGGUCGUCAAGGCACCCUACUGGAUCUACGACGUCGAAAUAAAGGGCUUCGACGCGGUGGGCGAAGACCUGGUCUCCUUCCACCACAUCACCCCCGACGAGAUGCGACUUUUCGAGAUGCUACUCUACCGCGUCCGCAAGCCCUCAACGCCCCAAAAUCCAACACCAGACACUCUCAUUUCGAAGGCAGAUUCGAAAAACCAUAACCGG